AUGGGAAUCGACAAUGAACCAAUAUCAUGGCAAAAAGAGUUUUCUGAAUUCCUAAAAGGCAUGGGACUUAUUGAAACCAGUAACUGUUUUGAAACCGAGCUUCUGAUCCUGUCACAACACAAUCUUGAACGACUACCAACAGAGUUGGAGAAGCUGGUCGAACGUUUACUACAGUCAUUGGAACGUCACAUUGAUGCAAAGGAGGCGGCCUUGACUGAUGCAUCCUCUUUGGAUGAAUCCUCAAAAGUACUCCAGGGAUCGCUUUACACAAAACGGAAGAGAUCGCUUGAUUGCACAGACGAAGAAUGGGAAGCAAAGGAACGUAUCAAACGACUCGAUGGUGAGCAAGUGCAGAUUCGCGCAACAAAUGCAGAAGUAGACAAUCGCAUCCAGACCUUUAUACAAGCCAAACAGAAUGAUAUUGAUGCCAGCAAUCGAACAGAGUUCUUGAAUAGACCUGACCCUACGGUUGCAGACGUAACUUGUGCUAGAGCAGACGCGAGAGAAAUCAAUCGAAAUAUUCAAAUGAAAUUUGAUAUUGUAAACAAUGAGGAUGGCCCACUUGCUAGAUCUAUGCUGUCUGCAAAUGAACUUGUCCGCCAGACUGGAUCUUCGUCUCACAAAGACCAAGGGAUUAUCGAUCGGCUGCAGGAUAUCGAAGAGCACCUUAAUGUGCGAUUUGAAGCCGACGCCCGGCCUCCAUUUUCGCUUGCAGAGAGAAUCAAAAUACUCGAGAAUACCCUGAUGGAACUAGAGCGCCAACAUCCUACCUGGUCUGCUAUUCAUUUCAACCAACCUAACCGUGUAUUUCCUCCACCGCCACCUGUCACUUAUAUUGCCCGCCCUGGUGUUCCAACCGACCAAGACACAGGAUCAAUUCAUCCUCACACUCCCAAUUUCCCUUUACAUCAAGUAUCAGCAACACAAACAUCAACAGGAGCAGCACAAACGGCAGCAGCGCCAAUGUCGACAUCAUCAACGGUGGCAGUGUCGGUAGGGGAUACAGGAACAGGAUCUGCACAGAACUCAAUACAACCAAUUCAAGAGGCUGCUUAUGUAACUACACUUUUGCCUACGAUUGCUCCACCGUCAACAUCGUCACGAAUGCAAAUCAAAACAACUGGUCGAGCUAACUCUUCACUGACACGGGCUGUCAUUGAACAACUCAAUAGACAACACCAAGCGUCCAAUGCUCAGGCAGUUUCUGAAACUGUUGGCACGCAAUUAUAA